AUGUUUGAUAUACGAGAAGAAAUUUCUUUGAAACAUCCAUCCAAUAGUGAUCAAGUAGUGGUUGUUCCAAUAAUCAAUUGUGAAGUAUUUAUUAAUGGUCACGGCGGACCUUGUAUUCAGCCACAUUUAAAUAAUCUUUCACCUGAUAUUGCAAAUAGUGGUUGGCGUGAUUAUGGUAAUAGACAAGGAACAAGUCGUCUUCUUAAUAUAUUUUCUGACUUACAAAUACCGAGUAGUGUUGCUAUGAAUUCAUAUUUAAUUGAUAAAGAACCUGAUAUAUUUCAAGAAAUAUUAAAAUAUUCUCGACAAGAACAAAAUGUUGAAAUUAUUGGUCAUGGUCUUACAAAUUCAUUAUCUGCUGUUAAACAUUUAUCUUUUGAAGAACAAGUAAAACAAUCUUUGAAUCAAAUUGAAAAAGCAGUUGGGAAUGGACGAAGGCCAACAGCAUGGUUAACUCCUGGAUUUGCAGCACCGGAAAAUUCAUCAAAAAUCUUAGUUGAUAACGGUAUUCGUAUAUCACUUGAUGCCACGAAUGAUGAUGUAUUAUAUAAAUUAAAAUCGUCUAAUAAUAAAGAAGAAGAACUAAUAAUUCUACCUUAUUCAAUGGAAACAAAUGAUAUCUCAUUAUGUAUGUGUCAAGGUUAUACUGGUCAAGAAUAUGGUCAAACAUUAGUAGAUUAUGUAGAAAGCCUAUCUAUAGAAAAUAAAUCAAAAUCUAAAGUUGUUUGUUUGGGAUUGCAUACAUUUAUUGUGGGUACACCAGCGAAGUCUCUUCAUUUAAAGAAAGCCCUUCAAAGUAUUAAGCAAAUGCCGAAUGUUUCGUUUUUUAAUUGUGAACAAUUAUUAAAAUUAUGUUAA